AUGAACAUUACAUCGUCCUGGGAGACGCUUUUAACAGCAUGGGAGACCAUCCGACCCUGGCUCCCCAUAGCACUCCCCGUGCUUCUCCCCAAAUUCAUCCAAUACUACAAAUACUACCGCAACAGACCGGCUUCCAAAAUCCAACCCCUCAACACCAACACCUCCUACGCCCUAUGCAUCCUCUUUAUCACCGCACUCAUCUCCCUCAUCUCCACCCUCCCCCUCUUCGCCCCGGAAAACAUCUUUCUCAAAACCGACAGUUUCCCCCUCACCCCCSCCACCAUCCUCCUCACCCGCAUCAAGAAAUUCAAUGAACCCACCCAAACCCAAGAAACCCUCUGCCAAAUCCUCCAAGUAGGCGGAAAAUCCGCAUCGCAAAUCUACGCGCAAUACGGUCCCAAAGUCCUCCUCGACAACCCCCUCUCCCAUGCAGAUGACAUGCAUGCUUCCCGCUGGUUCCUCCUCUACGCAGCACCCUCUAUUCUCACCCCACACUUAUAUCAUCUCCUGGCCCUCGGAAUCGCAACAUCACCCUUCAUCUCCGGCAAAGAAGGCGCGCGCUGGCGCACAAUGUCCAUCCUCCUGGCAGCAUCCCUGAUCCCCCUCGAAAUCUACCUCAUCCAAUCUUACAAUCUCUCCUCCAGCAUGCGCGGCGCCCAAGCCAAAAAUAUCCCUUACAUUCACUGGCAACUCCGCAUCUGGCGCGGCGUGGCAAUGGCGAUUGUAGACGCCCUUCUAGCCUGGAUGAUCUGGUUGCAAGCGACGGGAAGAGCAUUCGUGACGCCCGAAGCACCGAUUGAGAAGGUCGUCGCGCAUGUCAAACGUCUGGAACAGAAUUUCAAGCAGGCGCAUGCGUUGGGGAUUGUGAAGAAUGGGGUCAUGAGAGAUGGGGAGUUGAGGAGGAAAAUGGAUGAUUUUUGGGUCAAGGAGCAAGAGGCCAUGAAUGAUGUCUUGCAGGAUCCGCAGGUGGCGCAGGUGCGGAGGGAUGUCGCGGCCAAGAGGGAUAUGCGAGCCGUGGCGAGAGAUGCCGCGCAGUAUGUGGAUGAACUUGUCAUGACCAUGGUGCAAGCGAGCGCUGCUACGUAG